UUUUUUUGACUAAAACCCCCCUAAAACCCCAUAGAAAAGAACAUCUUUAUGAAUCAAUCUUGCAUUAAACAGAAGACCCCUUCUCCCGGCGAUUUCUCCCUUCAACCCCCUUGCCUCCUCUUCAUCUCUUGUCUACUUCGGGAUUAAUUCAAUUGCUGCUUUACUCUUCAGGUAUUUGCAGUGCAGAGAGGGAGAUUUGGAGGUGAUUGAUCAAUAUAUUACUGGAUAUUUUGUUUGUGAGUGUUGCCAAUGCUAGUGCAGCUAUGCAUUCAUUGUUCAUUUACUGUGUCUGUAUUCUUUAUAGCUUCAGUAGCUACAUUGUAUGCCUUCUGUAUCUAGUUGGUUACCAGGACACAUCUCUUUGUCCCAUGUUCAAAAAUUUGUUCCCAAAAAGUGGAAAAUAGGUGAGAACAAUCGCACGGAAUCAAUGGUGGAUACCCUCCUGAAAACCCUGAAGGAAUUUGCCUGUCAAGGCCACUUAUCAGAAGCCUUUAGGACUUUUUCAAGUUUUCGAAGUCACACAGUAGCAUCCUUCUCGUUUGAUCUUACUAUACAGGCAUUGUCUUCUCUUUUGGUAAGUAGCACUAACCUGAAGUUGCUUCCAGAAGGUAAGCAACUUCAUGCCCAAGCUAUCAGUUUGGGUCUUGAAGAGCACCCAGCCCUGGUCCCAAAACUGAUAACUCUUUACACUAGCUUCGAUUUGCUUGUUGAUGCACGUACUAUAACUGAAAUAUCAAAUUUUUUGCACCCAUUGCCUUGGAAUCUUCUUAUCUCGUCAUAUGUCAGAAAUGGGCUUAGCAAGGAAGCUAUUUCUACUUUCCAACGUAUUCUGAAUAAGGGAAUAAGACCUGAUAAAUUUACUUACCCUUCCAUACUUAAGGCAUGUGGUGAGCAAUUGGAUGUGAACUAUGGGAAGGUGGUUCACAGCUAUAUUGAUGGCAGCUCUUCAGAACACAACAUAUUUGUGCAAAAUGCAUUAGUUUCCAUGUAUGGGAAAUUUGGGGAAAUUGAUGCUGCUCGCAAGAUUUUUGAUAAGAUGCCUGAUAAGGAUACAGUUUCUUGGAAUACAAUAAUUUCUGGAUAUGCUUCUAAAGGUAGGUGGAUUGAAGCCUUUGAGCUUUUUGAAGACAUGAGAAAAGAUGGUGCACAAAUAAAUCUCUUAACAUGGAAUACCAUUGCUGGAGGUUGCUUGAGGACGGGUAACUUUAAAGGGACACUUGAGUUGCUUUCUCAGAUGAGAACUGGCGGUAUUCCUUUGGAUCCUGUGGCUGUGCUUAUAGGAUUGGGUGCUUGUUCACACUUGGGUAUAUUAAGAGUUGGAAGACAAUUUCAUGGUUUGGCUGUUCGUAGUUGUUAUGGUAGUCUUGAUAACGUUAGAAAUGCAUUAAUUACUAUGUAUGCUAGGUGCAACAACCUUAUGCAUGCACAUGUUUUGUUCCGAUUAUUAGAAGCUAAAAGUGUAAUCACAUGGAAUUCCAUUAUCUCUGGUUAUGCACACUGGGAUCGAUCUGAUGAAGCCUCCUUUCUUUUCAGAGAGAUGUUGCUUUCUGGUGUAGAACCGAAUUAUGUGACUAUUGCAAGUAUCCUGCCCCUUUGUGCUCGGGUGGCUGAUCUGCAGCAUGGCAGAGAGUUUCAUUGCUAUAUUAUAAAGCAUGAGGGGUUUGAAGACCAUUUGUUGCUAUGGAAUGCGCUUGUGGACACAUAUGCAAGAUCAGGAAAAGUUUCAACUGCCAAAACACUUUUUUAUCUGCUAGAAAAGAAAGAUGUUAUCACUUACACUUCACUAAUAGCUGGGUAUGGGAUUCAAGGAGAAGGAAAAGAAGCAAUUGAACUAUUUGAAGAGAUGAUUAGGUCUGAUAUUGAACCAGAUCAUGUAGCAAUGGUUGCUGUUUUGUCAGCCUGCAGUCAUUCAGGUCUUGUAGUCCAAGGUCAGAUACUAUUCGAAAAGAUGCAAACCAUCUAUGGUUUAGCUCCUCAUUUGGAGCACUAUGCUUGCAUGGUUGAUCUCUAUGGAAGAGCAGGUUUACUUAAAAAAGCACAGGAAAUUAUCACAAAGAUGCCGUAUGCACCAACAUCUGCGAUGUGGGCGACGCUCAUUGGAGCAUGUCGGAUCCAUGGGAAUACAUAUAUGGGAGAAUGGGCAGCUGAAAAGCUACUGGAGAUGAAGCCUCAGAAUUCUGGAUAUUAUGUGUUAAUUGCUAACAUGUAUGCAGCUGCUGGGUCUUGGACCAAACUGGCCAAGGUGAGGACUUUCAUGAGAGACUUGGGUGUCAGAAAGGACCCUGGCUGUGCUUGGGUUGAUGUUGGUGGUGGAUUUUCCCCGUUCCUGGUUGAGGACUCUUCUAGCAGUCAAACAAAUGAAAUAUAUGUUCUAUUAGGGGGACUAAUUAAGCAAAUGAAAGAUGCAGGUUAUGUUGCUUGUGCAGAUUCUACUAUGGAGGAAGAGUUUUUAGUGGAAUAGUUUUUGCUAACUGGUAUAUUAAUUUGCCAAUCAUCUCUUCUGGUCAGACAUGUUCCUUAACUGAGAUUUGCUCUCUAGAAGUGAUGACUGUACUAACAAUUACAGGGCUCUCUUAGAAAAAACUACAAAAUUAGAUCUUUUAAGUCUAUCUUUCCCAUGAGAAAUGUCUCAAAUGAGUUUUGUUUUAGUCUAUCACAAGGUUGAGCUGUGAUUAACAAAGAAGUAGAGACAGCUGCAUGCUCAAAUUGAGCUUUACUAAUGGAGAUCAAAAGGAGGUAUAAAUGCUUCAUUCAUGCUUUUAUUGCUCAUUUAUCAGUAAUCUAGCUAUCACAUUCAAUAUUAAUCAGAUACAGUUCUAGUGCGUUACCUUAUUGAGAAAUGAGAAAUUCAAAUUUCUUGGACAGUUGUGCCAGGUUGUUUAGUUCAAAGUAACGAGUUGGUAACCACAUUCCCACCCCUUUUGGUAAGAAACGUUGGUUUUGGCACUACAUAAACAAGUUAGGAUCUUAACCAGAAACUUAGGCUUGUUAUUGGCUUGUUUGGUGGUGUUGAAUCAUUAUAUCUUUCAAUAUUUUAAGAUGGGGAAAUAAUUUGUGAGUUGUGGAAAAAUUUUCUUUUCAGUUUGCUCCUCCUUCUGCUCUCCUUUUUAUCCUUCAUUAUCCACUGUAUCUGUCACCUUUUUAGGGGCCAAAAUUAUGUUUUCAAUGGUUUUCUGAACUGCCUGUUUGCUAUACAGCAUAUUUGCUCCUCCCAAACGUGUUUUUCUUCCUCUCAUUGGCUGUAGACACCCUUUCUCUAACCAUGAAUUCCUCUCCCUCUCUCUCUCUCUCUCUCACACCCACACACAGAUAUGCAACCUGCUGUCCUAUCUUCACUCGCCCUGGUUUUUCAUCAGCGUGAUCCGAUGAAUGAGGACAAGGCCAUCCCUCCAGUCUCUAAGCUUACAAAGUCCCAUCUUCUGACAAAGGCAAGACAUAGGUUUGACUUUUAGACGUUUUAAGUUCUGUUUCAAUUCUUCGCCAUUGACAAAUCUACUUACUUUUUUUUUUGUGCAUAAGAGAAUUUAAAGCUAAAAAUUUCUCAGGAAAACAAACUGGUUAUACUUUUUGUCUCUUUUUUUUAUUUAAUUUGUUAGACAGAUGAGCUUUGGAGUUGCUUUAUUUUUGGUUUGUCUGGAAUAUCCCAAUAUCAGCAGAGAACCUACUGAAGCAGGGAAUGGAAGGGGACUGAAUGUUUUGGAGGAGGUUCCAAAGUUAAAGUUACUGGCCUCUCCCCCCUUUGACUGCAUACAUCAUUUAUAAUUGUGAUUCUCACGCUGUUUCUUGUUUACCAUGAGCUUUUGAGCCCUUCAAGUCUUCUGUCUUUUUAUUUUCCUUGCUCUUAUGCAAUCUAUUUAUCGUCAUUUGAUUCUAUCAUGAUCCCAUAGCUCAAAUUAUAUUUUAAUAAGAUCACUUUGUCAAGCAUGAUCGAGGAGCUCAUUCAAUUGUUUCUUUAUAUCAUUCCUUUCUCUGAAGUUUUAACUUUUGAUUUUACAUUGUGAAAGAGUGUAUAGUUUCAAUGGGUUUGGCUGGCUUUGGUUACAUUUACUAGUUUCCUACAUUUCCCUAAGUCGCAAUUGCAACUUUUGAAGUCUUGAAUUACUGCUGGACUUUUCUUCCUUCUAAACCUAAAAAUAGAUCUCAGUCUGGUUAUAGUAGGGGCUUAUUAAGCUUGUAUGUUGAUUUUUCUUUAAUUCUAUCUUUCAUUUUCUUUUCAGGAGAAACUGUUGACAGUUGUGAAAUGGCUUGAAUCUAUAUAUAUAUAUUUUUGCUUUUGUUUCCAUCCUCUUCAUCUUGUCUUUUUUUACUUGUAUUGCUUUUGCUAAUGGAGUUUUAAAAAGAAUUGUGUCCUCUGGCGAUUAUGUUGCAGAAAUUAUAUUUAGCUCUAACCUGUGAAGUUAUAGUGAACUCUUUUAGGUACUCUUCUAAAUGUUGUAAUAGAACUCUUGAACAAACUGGCAAAUGGUUUCUUUUUGUUGCACAAGCUUCUGUAGUUUACAUUUUGCCUUCCAAGAGCAGCAAACUGGAAGUUGCACAGUAAACUAAGAAAAUCCCUGUCAACAAUUUGUUUGCUUUUCUAUUUUAUGGACUGGGUAAUGGGGUCUAGAGCUCACAAGGUAUGUUGACAGUAGUUGUUGCACCUUGCAAGAUCAGAGGAUACUUAAGAUAAGCUGACAUUUCAGUUCUUUUUAUUGCCCUGACUGCUUGAAUUUGUUUUCAUGUUCUUUUUCAUCAUCUGCCAGAAAAUCUUUCUUGCUUGCCUAUCCAGCAAGCAGUAGUAAGCAAUAAAUAUACAGGCCAGAAUUAGGAGCAGAUCCUAUCUGUCAAUAAAAUGUCAUUGUAAUCUUUUUCCUAUAACAGAGUAGUUGUUGGUAAUUACAUUACUUAUUAGAAGAUUUACCUUUGCCUCUUUUACACACUGCCUGCUUGAAACGAGUUGUUUCUUUGCGAUAUUCCUUACGGCUUUUAAUCUUGGCAGGCCUAAUACGAUCCUGUGUUCUUUGACCAGCUACCAAUAUUCCAUCAAUGUGUGCAGAAACCUCAUUAGAUCCACAGCUUUCCUCUUCGGCUGUUGCAUCCAUUAAUUUUUUGGACAGUGAUGUGCAGCUACCCAACUUGGUCCUCUUGCAUGCAUUGUUACUAACCAAAGAACUUUCUGGCUGGCGGGUUGCCAUCCAUCUUUCUAGCCAGCUCCAGCUCAUAUUGGCAUCCAAGCUAUUGGAUUUGCUUUGCCACUUGGACUCUUACACGCUUUUGCAUUGGUUGGUUGAGGCUAAUGCUUUCAACAUCAACUACAGAUGUGCCUGUUGAAUCACCUGUUUGAACUUUUAUUGAUGAGCUUAGAGACUCUGGGCUUGGAAUUGCUGUGUCCACAAUGAUCUCUUGCUUUCCAUCAUUCACCUUCAUCCGAGAGGAACGCCUGGCCUGAAAAUUCAAGCACCCACGCCAGGUUACAAACUACAUGAAACAAGUAUUUCAUCAUUGAAUGGCCCUACUAGUUGGAGAAACCCGUAAUGUUUAAGAUCACCGUGAUCUUCAAUUAUCUUGAAUUUCUUGCUGGUUAUUGAAUCUAACGAAUUUUUCUUUUUUUAAAAUAAGAGUCAAUGAAAACAAUCAGUUUUAUACUGAAGUAGACUAAUAUCUUGUAAUACGGGUGAAUUGACCAGAUAAUUUCUGAAUGCUGACUGAAUGGUCAUGGCAGCAUCUUCUUGCUGAAAGAGCUGAUAGGCUGAGUUUUGCUUCA